AUGAGCUGGCAAUUUAAACUUGCCUCGCACCUGCGGGCAACUCCGCUGCGAUGCUCAGUUUCCCGGCCGAGUAGUGGUGCAUGGCUGUCGUGCCAUCAACAGGCCCCGCGCCUUUUCUCCUCGCGGGUAAGCCUAGCCGCGGGAAUCCCCAGAACUCAAACGACAUUGGCGCAUACCACCAGACGCACUCUCACCGCCGUCUCCUCCCGUCGUUUGACCUUGGACAACAUCAACCCCCACGUCAAGGCUGCCAAAUAUGCCGUUCGCGGUGAGAUUGCUACCAAGGCAGAGGAAUACCGCGUGAGAUUGGCUCAGGGGGAUAAGUCAUUGCCGUUCGACAGCGUUAUCUUCGCCAACAUCGGUAACCCGCAACAGCUGGACCAGAAGCCCAUCACCUUCUUCCGUCAAGUCCUGAGUCUUCUUGAGAACCCCGUGUUGCUGGAAAACCCGGAACUUCUCCGAACCUACUUUGGAUACCCACAGGAUGUUAUUGACCGGGCCAAGGUUUUGCUCGCGGAUGUUCAGAGCGUUGGUGCCUACAGUCACAGCCAAGGUGCACCGGUCAUUCGGGACAGUGUGGCCAAGUUCAUCGAGCAGCGUGAUGGAUUUCCUGCUAACCCCCAGGAUCUCUACUUGACCGCUGGUGCUUCAUCGGGUGUAAGCACGAUCCUCAACAUUAUCUGUGAUGGCCCCGCCGCCGGAGUCCUUGUCCCCAUCCCUCAAUACCCCCUGUACACGGCGACUCUGUCUCUGCUGGAUGCGCAGUGUGUUCCUUACCUCCUCGAUGAGCAAAAGGCUUGGGGUACCGACGUGAAUGCGAUCAAGGAGAACCUGUCAAAGGCCAAGGCCGCUGGCACUGAUGUUCGUGCUAUCGUUGUUAUCAACCCGGGUAACCCCACCGGCGCUUCUCUCAGUGCCGAAGACAUCAAGAGCGUUCUUGACGUUGCAGCUGAGGAGAGACUAGUGGUCAUUGCCGACGAGGUAUACCAGACCAAUGUUUUCACUGGCGAGUUCAUCUCCUUCAAGAAGAGACUCCGUCAGCUGCAGCAGGAGGUGCCCGGCAAGUAUGACAACGUGGAGCUGGUCUCCCUGCACAGUGUCUCUAAGGGCAUGGUUGGCGAGUGCGGUCAUCGCGGUGGCUACUUCGAGCUCGUGGGUUUCGACCCCGAGGUCGCAGCCCAGAUUUACAAGUAUGUCAGCAUCAUGCUAUGCCCGCCUGUCAUUGGUCAGUGCCUGGUCGAGUUGAUGGUGAACCCUCCCACGGAGCAAGAGCCUAGCUACGAGCUGUACCAGAAGGAAUACAACGGCAUCAAGGAUGGACUGAGAAGCCGUGCUAUGGCCCUCUACGAAGCCUUCCAGAAGAUGGAGGGAGUCGAGUGUCAAGAACCCCAGGGUGCCAUGUACCUUUUCCCCACUAUCAACCUCCCGCCUAAGGCCAUCGAGGUUGCCGCUGCAGAGAAGCGGGCUGCAGACGAGUUCUACUGCCUGCAGCUCCUUGAUGCCACCGGUAUCUGUGUGGUUCCAGGUUCCGGGUUCGGACAGAAGGAGAACACGCUGCACUUCCGCACGACAUUCUUGGCUCCUGGAACAGACUGGGCCCAGCGGAUUGUGAAGUUCCACUCCGAGUUCAUGGCCAAGUAUAAAUAA